AUGCAACGGGACAGUAGCAGGAGGGCAUGUUGUGGGUGGAUGGACGCCAGAGAACCCAAGGGGGCUGCCGCGUCUGCCAGGGUGUGCAAUGCGGUGGCGGUGGCAGCACUGCUGAACGCCACGCUGGUGCUGCCCACGCUGCUGCUCAACAGAGUGUGGAACGACUCCAGCACGUUUGCCGACAUCUUUGAUGCGCCAUUCUUCAUCGCGCACCUCGCCCCCUUCCUCCCCAUCGUCCCCACCCUCCCCCCCAACUCCUUCCACGUGCCGCCCAACUACUUCCCUCCGCCGCCCCUUGCCGUCCGCCUGCGCCGCCUCACCCGCCUCUCACUGCACGUGGCGGCUGGGCUAGCCACAGGGCGGCGACCGUUGAUGCCGCCCUAUGUGCUGCUGCCGCCCAAGAUCUCCCCGCCCCAGUGGGCGAGUGCGGACUACUAUGUGGCGCAUGUGGGGCCUGCGCUGAGGGACAUAGGAGCAGUGCGCCUGAACCCAUUCGCCAACCGCCUCUCCUCGCGGGGCCUGCCCCUCUCGCUGCAGCGCCUGCGCUGUCGCUGCAACUUCCACUCGCUGCGCUUCCUCACGCCCAUCCGCACUGCUGCCCUCACCGCCCUCCACCGCCUCUCCGCCCACGCAACCGCCGCCGCUGCCACUGCCGCUCGCUCUGCUCGCUCCUCCAAUGGGCCACCUGUCAGCUCACUGCCUGCCGCUCUCCUGCCCACGCCCACCCACGUGCCGCCUGCCCCCCUGCUGCCGUGGAUCCGCCCCCCAGCACGGCGGCGGGCGCAGGCGGUGUAUGUGGCGGUGCACGUGCGGUUUGAGAAGGACAUGCUGGCGUUCUCACGCUGCUCCUUCUCCUCCUCGCCCGCGCUGCACCGCGACCUGCAGCGCUACCGCGCCUUCGCUUGGUCCCGCUUCCACCACUCCCCCGCUGCAGCCGCGUGGGAGUGGCUCAAGGCUGCGCUGGGAUGGGGGGGGCAGGCAGCGGCAGGGCAGGGCAGUAAAGUAGGAUCCAUAGUGGGACGCAAGAUGAAGGGCAGCAGUGGCAGCGGGGAGGGGGGGGCAGAGGGCGAAUCAGCGAGAUCAUUGAGGGAGGCGGGGCACUGCCCUCUCUCACCGCUGGAGGUGCUGUCGCGUGCUGCCAUGGCAACAAGGCUGUAUCUGAUUGCCGUGGCGUUGUUCAUGAGGGCGGCGGGCAUAUCACCAGCUGUGCCCGUGUUUGUUGCGUCAGGCGAGCUGUACGGCCCACAGCGCCUCAUGACCGCCUUCACAGCACUCUUCCCGCGCACCCUCACCAAAGCACACCUGCUCUCGCCCGCCCAACUGCGCCCCUUCCAGGACCACGCGUCGCAGCUGGCGGCGAUAGACUACCUGAUAGUGCUGCAUGCACCGCUGGUGGUGCUGUCCCACGGGUCCAACUUCGGGCACGUGGUGACGGGGCAGCGCCGCUACCUGCACGCGGGCCACGCGGGCGUGCUCAAGCCCGACAAGCGCCGCCUCGCCCAGCUCUUCACCCACACUCACCUCAGGUGGGCGUCCUUCCGUGCAUCGGUGCAUGCACUGGUGAGGGCGGGCAGAGAGGCCGAGCACAAGCUGGAGGCAGGGGGACAGGUGGGCGCGGAAGGGGGAGAUGAGAGGAUGGCGGCGAGGGAGCGAGUGGGGAAUGUGACCGCGUUGGAGGUUGCAAGUCCCGCCCUCACCACGCAUGUGCUCUCCCCCCUCCCUCGCCGCCCUGUGUAUCCGCCACCCCUCACUGCAGCAGGCGGGGCAACCAGCAGCGCCACCACCACUGGCACGGUCACGCCCUUCCCUCUCCGCUCUUCCCCCUCCGCCUCCUCCUCAUCGCCCACCAGCAGCUCUGCUGCACCUGCUGUCGCUAAGGCACUCCCCACGCCUGCGCGCGCGCCUGCUACCGCAAGUCCCACUCCCACGCUCCUUGGCGCCACCACCACAGGGGAGAGCGGUGGCAGCAGUAAUGGCGGGUCAGCGGGAACACCUACUGCCGCCGCUGCCGUCACUGCACCUGCAGAAUCAGAUCCUGUCGAUGCAGCAGCAGCAGCGGCGGCAGCAGCUGCGGUGUAUGGAGCGGGGGAGCAAGGGGCGGAGGGGGAGUUGGUGGGGAAGCGGCUGGUGAUGGUGGUGACGCCCACGUACCCGCGUGCGUACCAGGCGCUCUACCUCUCGCACCUCGCCAACACCCUGCGCGCCGUUGCCCCCCCGCUGCUGUGGAUUGUGGUGGAGGGCGCCAACAAGACGGAGGAGACGGCGCAGGCGCUGAAGCAGACAGCAGCACAGUGCCUGCCACAUGGGGACCCCGCGUGCCGCACCGUCAACUUCCUGCACCUCGCUGCUGGCACGAGGGAGAUGGCGAAGUGGAACAAGGCGGUGGCACAGCGCAACGCAGCGCUGCAGCACAUAGAGGCGCACCGCAUGGAUGGGGUCAUCUACUUUGCUGAUGACGACAACGUCUACGCCCCUCAGCUGUUGGAGGAGGUGAGGGCGAUCAGGGUGGUGGGCGUGUUCCCGGUGGGCUUUCUCUUCUCAGCCGACUACGCAGCAGUCAACCCCGGCAAGCCCUCGCGCCCCUUUGUGGAGCGCCCCUUGGUGCAGCGCGCCAGCGACGGAGUGGCGCGCGUGGUGGGGUGGGAGACGUUCGAGUGGUCCAUCCCCAAGGGCAAGCGCGGCGGCGCCUACCGCUCCUUCUGCUCCGACAUGGCUGGCUUCGCCUUCAGCUCGCGUCUGCUGUGGACGCGCCUCACCUCCAUCCCCGGCUACCCGCGCCACCCUGUUCGCUUCCAGGCCAUCUGGGGAGGCUAUCUGGAGACGACGUUCCUGUCGCGCCUGCUGCCGUCGCCCGCAUACCUGCAGCCCAUAGCACGGGACGCCACGGAUGUGUGGGUGUGGCACAUGCACGCCGAGGCCGAGAAGACCUUCCAGUACCCCGCCAAAGCCUGGACCCUCCCUCAACCCGACCCUCAGCACCUGGUUCGGGUGGCGCAGGAGGGCUCAGAGUGGCCGUACAUUGUGGACGGGCAGAGGUACGGGUUUGCGGACAAGAAGGAGCCGUGGCCACGGUUUGGGUACCGUGCGGGGCUCAUGCCUCGCAAUGGGACAGCUGCACCACCGCCAGUCAAACGCACACCCAAGGAUCAAUUCUCGUGGAAGGAUUGA